AUGUCGAGUAUCACCGAAAAGAGUUGGACGGAGGGUAUUGUCGCCUCCUUCUCCAUGAUCCUCGUUAGUGAAAUUGGCGAUAAGACAUUCUUCAUUGCGUGUCUCAUGGCGAUGCGUCACAGCAAAGCUCUUGUCUUCUUUGGUGCCAUUGGCGCUCUUGCGACCAUGACUGUUCUCUCUGCGCUGAUGGGAGUUGUGGUGCCGAAUGUACUCUCUGUGCGAGUGACGGAGGCCCUGGCGGUUGUGCUCUUUCUCUUCUUUGGGUGCAAUAUUUUAUACGGGGAGUUGUGUCGCCCGCACGAGGAUGCGGAGAGCGAAGACGAAAUGGCAGAGGCCGCCGCCGUUUUGCGCCGCCGCGACCCCAACGAUCAUCUCGAGACGGGGUCCAACACGACGACGGGCAGCAGUAGCAACACCGGCAUCCCCGGCCGGCGAUCGCGGCUGUUCAGUUGGCGCGGCUGGAAAACUCUGAUGCACCCCGUGUUGGUGGAGGCCUUCACCCUCACAUUUGUGGCGGAGUGGGGCGAUAGAAGUCAACUCGCAACAAUUGCACUCGCGGCGGCGAAGAAUCCAUACGCGGUGACACUAGGCGGUGUGAUGGGACACGCCCUCUGCACAGGUGGGGCGGUGCUGUUUGGUAAUCUCAUCGCCCAAUAUGUUUCCAUGCGAACGGUAAACAUCGUUGGCGGUGUGCUCUUCAUUCUAUUUGCUUUCGGCACACUCUACGAGUUCAUCACACAAACACACCACAUUGAUGAGAUCCAGCGGCAAAAGACACCAUAG